AUGGGCCGCACCCACACUCCACGUCUCGACGCUCCCUUAGCCAGCGCCAACCCACAGGUUGUGGAGCGCGCCACCCCGCUUCAGGCCGAAGUUGGGGCUGAGUUUCUUGAGAAGCUCGCCUCCCAAGGCCGCAAGAACAAGGCGCCCAUGCCCGAGGUCGGUUCUAGUGAGGCUCCUUCGGCCAAACGCUCCCGGAUGGAGAUCGGCAGGAAGAAGGUCACCACCAAGCGCUACCGGAAACGGGAGAUGCCGGUGGCUUCCGGGCCUGCCCUGAAGAUCUCCAAGAGCGCCUCUGGCAUGAGGCCGGAGACCUCUGAGGACGCCGCUAGGGCCUCGACUCCUCGUCAGCCAAGUCCGAAGAAGACUUCUGCUUCCUCCCCCUCCAAGGCCGUGCCGGAUUCUUCCGAGCCGGCAAGCUCUGCUCCGGCAAAGGAUGCUCCCGAAGAUCCUGCGCCACCCAAGACCGCGCCAACUCCUCCUCCGGCAACCUCGGCCAGCAAGCCGGCGGCCGCCAAGCCAACACCGCCAGAGAGUGGCAAGCUCACCGCCCAGCAAAUUGCUGCGGUGGUGACCGCGGCCACCGCUCCCUCUUCCGGCUCGCAGACGCUAGUUCUGCACGCCGGCCGCGCCGCCGUUGUGGCCGCUGAGAUGGCCUCUGCCCAGGUAGGCCGGAUCACCGAGUUCCACCGCCCAGGAGCUGACCUUGGCCAUCUGCACGAUUACGCUGAAAAGUGGAAUCAGGCGGAUCUGACGCCGGCGACGCGCGGCCUCGGCAAAGACAAGCUGCCGGUGGUCGACCCCUCUGGCCCUCGGAGCACCGGUCAACACUUUGGCCGGCUAAGGCGCGCGGCCAAGGAUUUUGACAAUGCGUGGCACGACGCCAGCACCAAUGUGUCGCUCUUCCGGAAGCCUCCUUCGAGGAUCUCUCCGCCUAGCUCGCCGCGCUCAAAGGAGCAGCACACCACCGCGCACCGCGAAGUGAAGGAGCAGGCCAUGCAGGCUGAGCUCUGGCACGCGCGGGAGCUCAAGGAGGCCAAAGCCGCAGCAGAGGCCAAACUCGAUGAAUCCCUGAAGGAGUACACGGACUCCACUACUGUGCUGCGGACUAAGCUGGAGGAGGAGAGGGCCGCGCGGAAGGCUGCGCAGGACCGGAUCGCCCUGCUCACCGCCGAUCAAACCGAAUAUGAUCGGCUGGUGAUGCAGAUCGAUGCCCUCGCCUGCAGGAUCUUCCCGGAUUCCCAGACGCAUGCGGUUGCCAAGGUCACGGAGCAUAGGGCCAAGAAAGCUUUGCCUAAUCUGGAUGCGCCCUGGGACGGCUACGACUAUCUGGUCGCGCUCUCCGCCCGGAUCCAGCACAUGCGCUCCGUGGACCGGCAUCUUGCCGACCUUUCGGACGUCGCCAUCCAAAUCCUCAAGGUGCUGUGGCCUGAGGAGUCGGUGCCUGACAACAUCACGCUCAUCGCCAAUCGCCUGAAGGACUACGACGACCUGGACCUGGACGCCUUCCACGCCCUCCGUGGCGACUCGCCUACCGACAAGGAUCCAGCUCGCACCGCCAAGCGCCAGGGCCGCGCCUACCGGAUCGCCGAGUUCGCCCACAUGCGCACCUUCAUCCCUCCUCCCCCCGACGUCAAGGAUGCAAUUUCCGAUGACGAAGGAGAUGACCUCGAGGACGAGGAGGAUGAAGACGCCGAAGAGGAUGCGGCUGAUCUGGAAGAAGGCGAUGCUCCUCCGGAAGCUCCUGAGGCCGGCGCGCAGCCUCCUGUUGCCUGA